GCCAUGCGGCCUGGCGCUAUGGACCCCGCUCUCCCCAGCGCCCAGGCACUGGCCCAGCCCCCGCCACCGGAGACGUGGCCGGCGACGAGCUCCGAGGAGGAGCUCUACGACUGCCUGGAUUACUACUACCUGAGGGACUUUCCAGCCUGCGGGGCUGGGCGCAGCAAGGGGCGGACGCGCCGCGAGCGGGAACUGCGCACCAACUGGCCGGUAGCUGGCGGCCACGAGCGCAAGAUCGCACAGACCCUCCUCAAUAGCCAACGCAAGCGCCGCCAGCGCCAGCUGCAGCCCCGGCCGCGCACUCGCCUCGCCUGAGCGCCGGACACCCGAAGGACCUGAUAAAAGUAUUUUCUCUGACGCCAGCUGUAACUGGUCCCAAGGGGGAGAGAAUCCAUGCUGGUCAACAGAACUUUCCAACAGCACUUAAGUUUACUGCUUCAGUAUCUUCUCCUUACUUACUGCUAAUUAAGUAACGUCCAAGGGGGUAUGCCC